UUUUCGGACGAGGAUUGUUCCAUCAUCGGACCUGCUUGCAAUAUUGUCUCCACUAGGAGACCACGACAGUGACCGCACGUUCCAACUAUAACCCGCCCACAUGCCUUCGAUCAUCUAUCCGUCGGUCUUCCAUCGUUGAACGCUUCCGUCUUCCCUCCCGCCCACAGUUUUCUUUCCGUCCAGUGAAAGCGCUAUUGCCCAUAUCCUUCCGCCCUCGCCUGUCCAUGGUUCUCCAUCAAGAAAUCCCAUGCCGCAGUUCCACUUGCACAUCGUGCCAUCCAACGAACCACUCACGAUGUGAACCUCAUUAUACGAUCAUGGCCUGUCCAUGUGCUCUGAAUCGAGAGCGACAACGCUCGAAAUACUGGAGGACGUUGUUUCAAGCACAGAAUCUUCUUCUCCUCAGGCUUUGUGCUCUCGAGCUUCGAGCACGUCACGGACAAUUAUCUUACUCGCACACUCGCACUUUUGCAUUUGCAUUCUCGCAAUCCUCGUUCCAACUCGGAAAAUGGCCAUGGUGCGCGCCGUUGGUAAACCAAAGUCAUAUUCGUACCUCUUGUUUCCAGCAUGUAGUAAAGCCUAAAAUCGGUUGUGUUGAUUUCUUUUUGACUGGCAUUCCAUCCUUCCCGGCCGGACGUCCUUUAUGUUCUCCAAGUGUCUUCUGCACUCCCCUGUUCCAUCCUCACCAAUCUACCCUUAUAUCUUCCCAACCUCUCCUUCACACUACAUCUACACUUGUUCAUCCGGCUGAGCUACACAGGCUUUCAUUUUUUUUCAUGUGGGAUGCUCCAAGCAUAAUCAACGACGCCUCUGAUCCGGCUCGGCAGUGCGGCAUGUUCGAGUAUAAUAUCGCUGAACCUCGUUCCAACUAUAAUCAUCCAUUUAGUCCAGCCGCUUUCUAAUGAAUGACGAGUGCAUCUUCCGUCUGCCAUCCUGUUUCUCUUUCUGCUGAACCUCACUCUAACUUCGGCAUUCCGACUACUGUCGCUCUUUCUAUCGAGUUGCGGACGC